UUCCCCAAUCCCUAUCAAUCCAUCCAUCCCGCCGCCAGACGAAACACUUUCACCAAUCCCUACCCAUCUCAUCCCUGCUGCUUGCCGUCGAUCUCCACUGCUUCGACGGCACCAUGGAGAACUGCUCUCCGACGCGCGCCUCCAGCAACGGCGUGGGCAAGCUACCUCCUUCUCCGACGAGGGAGAACGGCGUGACGAACCGUUCCCCGACGCGCGACCCUGGCAACGGCAGGAGGAAGCUAUCUCCGUCUCCGACGAGGUCGUCCGACCCGGAGCAGAGGAAGCCCUCUGCCUCGCCUCCGCCGCCGCGCGUCCCCAAGUGGCUGAUCCUCGACCGCAUCGUCCACCGGAGCAGCAGGAGGCAUUGCGGGGUCGUCAAAGACGACGCCACGGCCUCGGCGCUGGCCCAAGACUGCGCCGCCCGCCCUGUCCGCGCCUCCCUCAGGAUCGCCGACCCUCCCGCAGUCUCCCGUCUCUACCUCCACCUGACUGGCAGGCCGGCGAUCAGCUUCCAGGAGCCCACCGCCAUCGCCGCCCACCGCAACUCCAUUCUCUUCCGGCUUACUGCCCCCUUCGAGGAUCCUAUGUGGUGGCACGACCGCUUCUCCUUCCCCAUCGACUACUUCGUCUACUCCUGCCGCUCAUCUUCACCGCCUUCACUCACCCUGCUUCCACCCUGCUUCGACGGUGGCCACAUCAACCCCCAGCUUGAUAAGCUCUGCACACCAUAUCGGCGACAGCGACAGCGCACCAUGUUGCCUGAAGAUAUGGGUAUCCUCUGCCAUGGCGACCAAGGCGAGUUCACGGUGGCAGAACUCUUGUUUUCCAAGCCCUAUGAGAUUGAGCUAUGCCUGCUGCACAAUCCACCUCCUGCAGGAUCUUCAAUGGAAUGGAAGGUUAAGAAGGUGCAGAUCCCUCCUGACACGAAGAUAAGCACCUACUCGUGGAUGACUGACGCCGUCUUCCCCAUUGGUACAUGCUUGUGCUGGGUCGACAACUACCAGGGCAUGCUGGCCAUUGAUGUCCUCACUGACAGCAACAGCAACCCAGAUCAUCAGCAAUGCCUCCGUUGCAUCCCUCUGCCUAAAAAAGCUUUGAAGUCUCAGCGCCUGUACAAGGAUGCAGGCGAACCUGAUCCGUUGCGCUCUGUUUGUGUCACUGACACUGGCAUCAUUAAGCUCGUCUGUAUUCUUACCGAAUGUCCUACUUUCACCAUAAAAGCAUGGACUUUGGAUGACAUCCAUGAAGGCAGAUGGACAAUGGAUCUCAGCAACACCAUGGGAGCAGAGGAGUUCUUCCGUCUUCUUGGGACUGGCCACAGUUGCCUUCCACAGGUACAGCCAAGUUUUCCUUUGGUUAGCUUGGUUGAUCCAGAUGUUAUCUGCUUCCUGCUCAAGGACAAGGACCGUGGCCUUUUCUGGAUGAUUUAUGUCAACAUGAAGUACAAGAAGCUGCUGUCAAGCGCCCUCUAUAUCAGUGAACAGGAAGAAGAAGAUGGAUACCCCCCUAAAAGGGGCCGCAGGAACAAUUUCUUUGGUCAUUGCUUCAUCCGCAGCAAGUUCUCCUCUUACUUGAGUGAGAAUGCCAUCACAAGUCGGGACCUAAGUGAAAAGAUGCAGAAGACAAAAGAGGCUAGAGUGACGCAGAAGAGUUGACUGGAAGCAUAAUUGUAGUGAUUUACUAGAUGCACUGGCAGCAGUGACAAUGCAGAAUGUCGGAGGAUGGGCAUCCUCUUUUCUUUUAACGCAAAUGGCAGGAGUUCUAAGUUUCAAAUAACGAGAAAGAGUUUUAUAUACAUGAAUACAGGAUGUGGCUACAUUAGAAACCAUAGGGCAUUGGACAUCAUGCUAAGAGCAUCUCUAACAGCAUCUCCAACAGUUAUGCAAUUAGAAUUUGCUAUUUGUUGGAGUUUGUCAAGUCCCUAAACCUUUUGCCAAAGGAAAAAAUAAGUUUAUCUUCAAGUGUUUGACA